AUGCCUACGGCUCGUGAAAGAUUGGCCGAGCUGAGGGCCCUCCGUGCCUCAGGAAAGAAACGACUUUCCACAUAUGAGGUUGAGGACCAGGGUGAUAUCUACGAUGAGGUUGAUGACGACGGAUACAAAAAGGUGAUCCGAAACCGUCUUGAUCAAGAUGAUUUCGUCGUCGAUGAUAACGGUGCCGGUUACGCGGAUGAUGGCCGCGAGGUUUGGAAUGAACAGACAGCAGAAUAUGACAGCGACGAAAGUGACGAACUACCCACACGAGGCAAGGUUGCCAAGCGAAAAAGGGAAGAGGAACAACAGCGGAAGGAAAAAAUAAACAACGGCAUAUCCAAGUACUUCAACAAAGGACAGGCUGCGGCUUCUGCUCCCAAGCCCAAGUGUCCAAACCCUUGUUCUGACAUUGGAAAUUUCAAGGCCGCUGCUACUGCCGAGGAUGAUGCGUUCAUGGCAGAUCUCCUCGGGGAAGUCGACACGAACGUUGUAUCGAACAACGUCCCAACACGGAAUAUUGUCAAGUCAGAGGCCCGACGCAAAGUUCGCGUUCUCUCCCCGCCAUUGUCUGAGAAGCGUCGCCGUGAAAAGAUUCAGGCAAGAGAUGAAAAUGAAAUGCCAAGCUCGCCAAUGAAAAAUCAUGCACUCCACUCUGAUGAUCUCGAUGACGGCCCUCUACCGAUGCCAGACGAUGAUGAUGUUCCCAUGAGUGAUAUAUUACCUUCCUCUCCAAUCAGCAAAGCAGUGGAGCGGAGAAACACUGUACCGGUCAAGGCUGAAGAGCCAGAAGACGAUGAUGUUGACCUCAUGGACGUUGCAGAAGUCACUGGAGACUCCAGCCUCAAAACGAAAACAAUCAACAUGACUGGCAGCCGGCCACCCCCGAAGAUCAAGCAUGACAUUGCUCCCACACCAGCAAGCUCGUCCCCAGUCAAGUCAAUGCCUGAAGUAAUGGAUGCUUCUUGGAAUGACGUGAGGAGCAAACUGAACGUUGUCAGCAGUCCAGCCCCGGAAAUGCGAUCAUUUGGAAAACUGCGCGCCCAGGAUGUUGUUGAAGAGGACGGUAGUCUACGCAUUUUCUGGCUGGACUAUACGGAAGUCAACGGCAGUCUUUGUCUUUUCGGAAAAGUGAAGAACAAGCAGAAUGGAUCCUACACUAGUGCAUUCGUUAAGAUUGACAACAUCUUGCGAAAGCUUUAUUUCCUUCCACGUGAAUAUCGAUACAAGCAGGGACGAGCAACUGAAGAGGAGGUUGACAUGCAAGACGUUUACUCGGAGGUCGACGAGAUGAUGUCAAGGCUUAAGGUUGGCAUGCACAAGAUGAAACCAUGCGAACGGAAGUACGCUUUCGAAAUGCCCGGGGUUCCAAAGGAGGCAGAGUAUCUGAAGUUACUCUACCCUUACGAUAAAGCGGCAUUGCCAAUGGAAACCAAGGGAGAGACUUUCUCGAAUGUUUUCGGUACCAAUACCUCCCUAUUUGAACAGUUUGUUCUCUGGAAGAACAUAAUGGGCCCUUGCUGGCUCAAGAUCGACCAGGCCGACUUUGCUGCAGUGACCAACGCAUCCUGGUGCAAGUUCGAAUGCCAGGCCGCCAAACCAGCACUCAUCAGCCUCGUCCCAGAUUCUGAGAAUCUGGACACUCCGCCCUUGACUUUGAUGAGUCUCUCUUUCCGUACACAGCUCAAUGUCAAGGAGAACAAGCAGGAGAUUCUCAUAGCGAGUGCUCGAGUAUAUGAAGAUGUCUCUCUAACUGAUACCACUCCCCCAGAGAAGCUUCCGUGCAAGACAUUCACCGUCAUGCGCCCUGUCGGUGGAUCAUACCCAAUGCAUUUCGAGGCCGAAGCAGAAAGCCAGCCGGGGAAUAUUAUGCUCGCAAAAAGCGAACAGUUCUUGCUCAGCAAGUUCCUAGCUAUGUUCGAGAAGAUGGACCCCGAUGUGAUCAUGGGCCAUCAGUUACAGGAUGUCGACCUGGGCAUUCUACUUAGCCGGAUGCGUGAAAAGAAGACACCUGGCUGGCAUCGUAUUGGCCGGCUCAGGCGUGGAGAUUGGCCUAAGAAUUUCAACAAGGGUGGCAACUUUUUUGCCGAAAGGCAGCUGAUUGCUGGAAGAUUGAUGUGCGAUAUUGCCAACGACAUGGGCAAGGUAAUGUGUUCCUCGAAGUGGUCUCUCAUGAUGAAAUGUCAAUCGUGGAGCUUAACUGAGAUGUGCCAACUCUACCUCGGUCAAGGCAAUGUCCGCCAGGAACUAGAUUCUGAAGCGGCAUUGAAGACCUGGGCAACCACCAGAAAAGGUCUCAUGAACUUUGUCAAUCAUUGUGAUACAGAUACAUACUUCAUUGCGGCGUUGGUUCUGCGUCUCCAGAUGCUUCCACUUACAAAGGUUUUGACCAAUACCGCUGGUAAUUCGUGGGCACGCACACUCAGCGGUACGCGUGCCGAGCGAAACGAGUAUAUUUUGCUACACGAGUUCCAUCGCAACAAAUACAUCUGUCCAGAUAAGUACUCUUCUCGGCUUCAGAAGGCAGAGGAGAAAAUACAAGAUGGCGACGAUGACGAGGCGGUCGACAAGAAAAAGAAGGACAAAUUCAAGGGUGGUCUUGUUUUUGAGCCCGAAAAGGGUCUUUACGACCGCUUCGUCCUUGUUAUGGACUUCAACAGUCUGUAUCCUAGUAUCAUCCAGGAAUACAACAUCUGCUUCACCACAGUGGACCGAACAGCUACGGCCGAGAAUGAGAAUGAAGAAAAAGUGCCAGAUGUCCCCUCUUCUGACCAAGAACAAGGUGUUCUACCUCGGCUGAUCGCGACGCUCGUCAAUCGCCGUCGCGAAGUGAAGAAGUUAAUGAAAGACAAGCGUGCUACCCCCGAACAACUGGCCCUCUGGGACACAAAACAGUUGGCCUUGAAGUUGACUGCCAAUUCCAUGUACGGAUGCUUGGGAUACACGCAGAGUCGAUUCUAUGCUCGGCCUUUGGCAAUGCUCACUACCUUCAAGGGACGUGAGAUUCUAAGAAACACCAAGGAAUUGGCCGAAAGUCAGCAAUUGCGAGUCAUUUACGGUGACACUGAUUCGGUCAUGAUCAAUACGAAUAUGGACAACAUGAGCGACGCUAUCAAGGUUGGCGAAGAGUUCAAGAAAUCGGUCAACGAACGUUACAGGCUUCUAGAAAUCGAUAUCGACAAUGUCUUCCGUCGACUUCUACUGCAUGCCAAGAAGAAGUAUGCUGCUGUCAAUCUUACCGAGGUAGAUGGCAAGUACGUAGAGCAACUUGAGGUCAAGGGCCUUGACAUGAAGCGUCGUGAAUACUGUGCGCUCUCAAAAGAGGUAUCAUCAAAGUUGCUCAACGAAAUUCUGUCUGGCGAAGAUCAGGAAGUCGUGCUUAACAAGAUUCACGAGUACUUGCGUGAACUUGCAGAGAAGAUGAAAGAAUACACGAUCCCUGUGCAGAAAUACGUGAUCUACACUAAACUUUCAAAGCGACCUCAGGAAUACCCUAAUAAAGAAAGCAUGCCACCGGCACAAGUGGCUCUCCGUGAAAUUGCCAGAGGCAAGACAGUCAGACCGAACGACGUUAUCUCAUAUAUUGUGACCAACGGGGACUCGGAAACCUCAUCUUUGCCUCCUGCGAAGCGAUCGUACAGCCCGCAGGAUGUGCUGAAGCCCGAUUCAGGGCUCAAGCCCGAUGUUGAGUUCUACAUUCUCAAGCAGAUCUUCCCUCCCAUCGAGCGUCUCUGUGCCCCGAUUCCCGGCACUGAUGCCGUCCGUCUCGCUGAGUGCUUGGGUCUUGAUACUCGGAAAUACCAGAUCAAUACGUCUAGUUCCAACACUCAACAAAAUGCCGAGAUCACCCCGCUCGAGUCCCAAAUCCCGGACUCGGUUCGGUUUGCCAAUUCCACGCGACUUACGCUAAGAUGCCGAUACUGCAAAGAACAGUCUGUUUAUGAGGGUUUGGUGACUUCAUCGCACAUGUGCACUGCUCACGGAAUUAUUUGUCCGAACCAGAGCUGCCAGAAACCUUUUUCAGUCAUUACAAUUGUCGCGCAAUUGGAGAACCAGAUUCGCGAACAGACCUCCCGAUACUAUGAAGGCUGGUUGGUAUGUGACGAUUCGUCAUGUGGCAACCGGACACGGCAAAUCAGCGUUUAUGGACACCGCUGCUUGGGUCCCCGAGGUCGUGCCGAAGGCUGCUUAGGCCGCAUGUCAUACGAGUACUCGGAGAAGGAGAUAUAUAACCAGCUCCUGUACUUCGCUGGUCUCUGGGAUGUUGAGAAAGCCAAGGUCGCUGCUGAGAAAGAGACGGGAGAAAAGAAGGACAGUGUUGCCGCCCUUGCCGAGUUCAAUCGCACAAGAUUCGGUACAAUCAAGGGGGUGGUCGACAGCUACCUCAAGAAGUGUGGUCGCCAAUGGGUUGAGAUGGAUGGUCUCUUCCGCUUCAUGUUACAAUAG